GUACCCGACUAGAGAGAAAUAAUAUUUGCAUUUCGUGCAAGUUUUUUUACUUUGUUUAUCUUUUUUCUCGUCUUGUCAGUGUCGAUUUACUUUAUUGUUCGGCGAUCAGCGUCCAGAUCUCCGUCCUAGUGCCAAGAUUGAAAGACGUCACGAUCGAUCUCUUCCUUUUCUUUUUUGUUUGGGUACACUACACUGCAUCGCACCGCACCGACAACGCAUCAUACCUGUUUCUUCGACGGGUGAGAGUUGCUGGCUAUAUCUCUCGUGAAAUCGGCCUAUUAUAUAUACUUUACUCGGCGUGCGACUUCUCUGCGACGUUCGGUACUCGACUUGGUCGGUUUUAAGAUUUGGUGGAUCUGUGUGCAAUCACAGACAGAUAUACGCACAGUCGACGGGAUAAGCAGAGGGGAGUGAGCACAAUGGGGGCUGCCAAGCAGACUUCGUCAAAGUCGAGGUCGACUCAUAUACGGAAUUUCACGUUACUUCUGUUGACGAUACAAUAUGCUUCAACCGUUGUGUUGAUUCAUUAUUCUCGGGUAAUGCCCACCGUCGCGGGGAAACGAUACGUCACGUCGACCGCCGUCUUCUUGACCGAAGCCAUCAAACUCGCCAUUUCGUUGACAAUGGCUCUAUACGAAAUAUCCAAACGGGCCCCACCAUCGAUGCCCGCGACCUCGCUCUUUUCGAACCUAUCAAACACAAUCUUUUCAGGCGAUAGCUGGAAGCUGGCUCUUCCGGCAUUGUUGUAUACCGUCGCAAACUCGCUACAAUACGUGGCGUUGUCGAAUCUCGAUCCGGCGACUUAUCAGGUUACGUAUCAGGUUAAGCUGCUUUUUGCGGCUGUGUUUGGUCUGCUGGUUCUGCAGCGGUAUAUUCCCGCGCGGAAUUGGGGGUUGUUGCUUUUCCUGGCUGCGGGUGUGGUGCUACUACAUGCGCCGGGCCAUAGGUCGGAUCAACUGGUGGCUAGAGAUGAAUCCGUGCAGUUUCCGAGAUCGCUGGAGGAAUGGAAACAGAAAAAGGGAUACUCACCUAUGAAAUUUGUUAAACGAUCGGCGAGCUAUGAGGGAAUUGAGGAGGAUAUGUUACUUGAGCAUCCUCCUCUCGACGGUCGUGUAGGGUUGAUUGCCACUCUUUGCGCAUGUCUCGCCUCUUCAUUGGCUGCCGUGAGUUUCGAGAAGGUGAUUCGUGAUAGUGCUGCAAAGACGUCGCUGUGGGUGCGGAAUGUGCAGUUGGCGGUUCAAUCGGUAGUGCCUGCGUUCUUUAUUGGGGUGAUUUUCCUCGAUGGUGAAGUUAUCGCGAAGCAAGGGUUCUUUGCUGGUUAUAGUUGGAUUGUUUGGGUGAUUAUUUUCAUCCAGGCUAUUGGUGGUAUUGGCGCUGGUUAUGCUAUUGUAUAUGCAGAUCAGACUGCAAAGACGACUGCGACCGGCUUCAGCCUGGUUGUUGGGAUUUUGUCUAGUUUAUCUGUGUUUGAUUUGGAUUUGUCGGUCAACUUCUCCAUCGGCGCCAUAGUAGUCUUGAUUGCAACAUUCUUAUACGGCAGUUCUGCACCGUCCCCAUCUUCCCUGGCCCGAAUGAGGCCGCCUCCAAUCCGGAUUGAGAGCUACGAUGCCCCUGAGAAUCAGGACGGGCCCGGUGCAUCGCCUCCCAACGACUUUUCUAUCAAACUUCCAACCACGCCCUUAUUAUCUGCGGGACUCUCAACGUCCCGUCCUGCAUCUCCGAGUCAUCCUCGUGUGAAAUCGAACCAGAAUGGAUCGGGUUAUUUCCUCGAACCUGAUGAAUAGAGGAGUCAUGAAUAAAACGAAUGAAUGAACGAAUAGGAAGGGAAAAGAAAUUAUCAUAGCAUAUUUGCCGAUUUGCUUGCUUAUUUGCUUUAAAUAGAUGAAUGCUGCUGAAGCGAGUAUGUUUUAUUUGCUUGUACAUUAUGAAUAUAUCUGAUGUUCAUUUCUUUC